UGGUGUUUUUGGUCUUAUAAAAUUUGCAACCGUGUUUCUGGGUCCGUCAAAGGCUGGAAGCAUCUGCCACCGUCGCAUAGGAAUCGUGCGGUCUUGAUCUAAUCGGCCCCCCAUCCCACAGGGAAGAAACGAACCCUUGGCCGUCGUCACCCCCGCCCUCCUCUCCUCUCCCCAUGGCGCCACCGUGCGCAACAGCCGCCGCUGCCGAAAAUCCGUUGACUUCUCCUCCUUCUCCUGCUGCCGCCGGAAACCCAUCAAUCUCUCCUUCCUCACCUGCUCCUGCCGCUUCCGCCGUGGGGUCAGAGCCAGAGACCAGCCAGCAGCAAGAUGCAGACGCACGGUGGCUCGAAACCCUCUCCGAGACCGAGCUCGUAAGGCCACUCCCUCCCUCUCCCUCUCCCAAUCCCUUCUUUUCUUUCUUUCAUUCUGUGUGUGCUUUCCGAUUCCAAUCCACAGGGUUUCCUUCCAUCUCUCCCUUCUCUGUUUCGGUGCAGGAUUUGCUGAUCAGCCUCAAGGAGCUGGCCGUCACGCGGGCCACCAACGCCGGCCAUCCUAAGCUCGCCGACAGAUUCCAUCUCCGCACGCUGCGUGCUCUAGGGAUUGUUUUGCUGGAAAAUUUCAAGGGGCGACUACAAGAGAGUACCUCAGUUAAUACAAACAUGUUUGAGAGACUUGCCCUACUUAGUGAUCCCGAUGUGGAUGUUUCCGCCCACAGGAGUAAUUUUGAGCCUCAAGUUGUCAGGCCCAGCGAAAAUCAGCCAGUGGCGAAUGGUGUCAACAGAAAACGGAAGCAGAUGCAAGAUGAGCCGCAUGAAGAGGGUACCCUAAGUCCGAAGAAAAGAAGAAUGGACGAGGCAAGAGAGGAGUGAUCUAGUGCUGUCCCUGAUAAGGUACAAGGAAAGACCACUGAGGCUGGUGCUGGUGCCGGUACCAAUAAAAUCUUUCGGAAGUCUCCCUCUGCCUACCUGGGUACCCAGUUUCACUGGCUCUGAACAAGUAACGUCAUUUAUGUUCUUUCUCGAGGGCUGGAGGUGGUCAUUCCCAUUCCCAUUCUAUUGUUGGGUUUUGGAGACUGGCCAAUUGCCCAUCGGAGGGAGCCUUUGGAGAUUGCCAUGCUCAACUGAAGGUGGUGAAGCCAUGGCCUCUGAGAUGACGCAACAACUGCAAACGUAUGGCCAUGUGCAGAAAAUGGCAUUGGUGAUGCGAUGAUACUACCUAAUGUUGGGCAACUCAGCAUACCUGCUGUAAUUCUACCGCUCAUGAUUGACGAGAGUGAGUUUGACGAAUUGACAUGUUUACAGAGUUGGUUAUUGUGAUCUGAAUUGUAUUGCGGAUUGCUGAGAUUAGUUAAUGACAAUCUUCACCCA